CUCUGACAGAACUUACUCCUACUAAUGCUAUGACUGCAGAACCUACCACGACAGCCAGAACAGCUCUAACUAAAACAACUGCUGCUCCAACGACCACUACAACUCCUGAACCUAUUAUGACAACUGCUGCAGCUCUGACCACACCAACUGCUAUUCUUACGACCACCACGACUGCAGCACCAUCUUCAACAACUACAACUUUAGCUCCUACGACAACCACUUCAACAGCACCUACUACAACACCUGCAGUUCCUACAACUGUAUCUCCAGCUACCACUACACCUGAUGUACUUACUACAACAUUCAUAACUACAGCUCCUGUUACAACAACUGUAGCUUCUACGUCAAGCAUAGCAGCUGCCUCUACGAUAACCACUGCUGCUAUUACUACAAAACCUGCUGCUCCAAUAACCACUACAACUCCCGAAACUAAUACGACAGAAUCUACUCCUACGACUGCUUCGACUGCAGAACCUAUCGCGACAGCCACUUUAGCUUCUACGACAAACUCUGCUGUUCUUACGACCGCAACGACUGCAGCACCUUCUACAACAACUACAACUUCAGCUCCGACGACAACCACAACAAAAGCACCUACUACAACACCUGCAGUUCCUACAACUGUAACUUCAGCGACCACUACAUCUGAUACAUUUACAAUAACAAUCACAACUGCAGCUCCUGCUACAACAACUGUAGCUUCUACGUCAACCACAGCAUCUGCCUCUACGAUAACCACUGCAACUCUAACUAAAACAACGGCUGCUCCAACGACCACUACAUCUCCAGAACCUGCUCUGACAGAACCUACUCCUACUAAUGCUACGAUUGCAGAACCUACCAUGACAGCCACUGCAGCUCUAACUAAAACAACUGCUGCUCCAACGACAACUACAACUCCUGAACCUAUUAUGACAACUGCUGCAGCUCCGACUACACCAACUGCUAUUCUUACGACCACCAAGAUUGUAGCACCAUCUUCAACAACUACAACUUUAGCUCCCUUGUCUACCAAUACAACUGCAACUACCACAAUACCUGCAGUUCCUACAAUUGUAUCUCCAGCUACCACUACACCUGCUGUACUUACUACAACAAUCACAACUGCAGCUCCUGUUACAACAACUGUAGCUUCUACGUCAACCACAGCAUCUGCCUCUACGAUAACCACUGCAACUCUACCUAAAACAACGGCUGCUCCAACGACCACUACAUCUCCAGAACCUGCUCUGACAGAACCUACUCCUACUAAUGCUACGACUGCAGAACCUACCACGACAGCCACUGCAGCUCUAACUAAAACAACUGCUGCUCCAACGACCACUACAACUCCUGAACCUAUUAUGACAACUGCUGCAGCUCUGACCACACCAACUGCUAUUCUUACGACCACCACGACUGCAGCACCAUCUUCAACAACUACAACUUUAGCUCCUACGACAACCACUUCAACAGCACCUACUACAAUACCUGCAGUUCCUACAAUUGUAUCUCCAGCUACCACUGCACCUGAUGUACUUACUACAACAUUCAUAACUACAGCUCCUGCUACAACAACUGUAGCUUCUACGUCAAGCAUAGCAGCUGCCUCUACGAUAACCACUGCUGCUAUUACUACAAAACCUGCUGCUCCAAUAACCACUACAACUCCCGAAACUAAUACGACAGAACCUACUCCUACGACUGCUUCGACUGCAGAACCUAUCACGACAGCCACUUUAGCUUCUACGACAAACUCUGCUGCUCCAACGACCACUACAUCUCCAGAACCUGCUCUGACAGAACUUACUCCUACUAAUGCUACGACUGCAGAACCUACCACGACAACCAGAGCAGCUCUAACUAAAACAACUGCUGCUCCAACGACCACUACAACUCCUGAACCCAUUAUGACAACUGCUGCAGCUCUGACUACACCAACUGCUAUUCUUACGACCACCACGACUGCAGCACCAUCUUCAACAACUACAACUUUAGCUCCUACGACAACCACUUCAACAGCACCUACUACAACACCUGCAGUUCCUACAACUGUAUCUCCAGCUACCACUACACCUGAUGUACUUACUACAACAUUCAUAACUACAGCUCCUGUUACAACAACUGUAGCUUCUACGUCAAGCAUAGCAGCUGCCUCUACGAUAACCACUGCUGCUAUUACUACAAAACCUGCUGCUCCAAUAACCACUACAACUCCCGAAACUAAUACGACAGAAUCUACUCCUACGACUGCUUCGACUGCAGAACCUAUCACGACAGCCACUUUAGCUUCUACGACAAACUCUGCUGUUCUUACGACCGCAACGACUGCAGCACCUUCUACAACAACUACAACUUCAGCUCCGACGACAACCACAACAAAAGCACCUACUACAACACCUGCAGUUCCUACAACUGUAACUUCAGCGACCACUACAUCUGAUACAUUUACAAUAACAAUCACAACUGCAGCUCCUGCUACAACAACUGUAGCUUCUACGUCAACCACAGCAUCUGCCUCUACGAUAACCACUGCAACUCUAACUAAAACAACGGCUGCUCCAACGACCACUACAUCUCCAGAACCUGCUCUGACAGAACCUACUCCUACUAAUGCUACGAUUGCAGAACCUACCAUGACAGCCACUGCAGCUCUAACUAAAACAACUGCUGCUCCAACGACCACUACAACUCCUGAACCUAUUAUGACAAGUGCUGCAGCUCCGACUACACCAACUGCUAUUCUUACGACCACCAAGACUGUAGCACCAUCUUCAACAACUACAACUUUAGCUCCCUCGUCUACCAAUACAACUGCACCUACUACAAUACCUGCAGUUCCUACAAUUGUAUCUCCAGCUACCACUACACCUGCUGUACUGACUACAACAGUCAAAACUGCAGCUCCUGUUACAACAACUGUAGCUUCUACGUCAACCACAGCAUCUGCCUCUACGAUAACCACUGCAACUCUAACUAAAACAACGGCUGCUCCAAUGACCACUACAUCUCCAGAACCUGCUCUGACAGAACCUACUCCUACUAAUGCUACGAUUGCAGAACCUACCAUGACAGCCACUGCAGCUCUAACUAAAACAACUGCUGCUCCAACGACCACUACAACUCCUGAACCUAUUAUGACAACUGCUGCAGCUCCGACUACACCAACUGCUAUUCUUACGACCACCACGACUGCAGCACCAACUUCAACAACUACAACUUUAGCUCCCUCGUCAACCACAACAAAAGCACCUACUACAACACCUGCAGUUCCUACAACUGUAACUCUAGCGACCACUACACCUGAUAUACUUACAAUAACAAUCACAACUGCAGCUCCUGCUACAACAACUGUAGCUUCUACGUCAACCACAGCAUCUGCCUCUACGAUAACCACUGCUGCUCUUACUACAACAACUGCUGCUCCAAUAACCACAACAUCUCCAGAAACGAAUACGACAGAACCUACUCCUACGACUGCUACGACUGCAGAACCUACCAGGACAGCCACUUUAGCUUCUACUACAAACACUGCUGUUCUCACGACUGCAAUGACGGCAGCACCUUCUACAACAACUGAAGAUCCUACAACUGUAACUUCAGCGAGCACUACACCUGAUAUACUUACAAUAACAAUCACAACUGCAGCUCCUGCUACAACAACUGUAGCUUCUACGUCAACCACAGCAUCUGCCUCUACGAUAACCACUGCUGCUCUUACUACAACAACUGCUGCUCCAAUAACCACUACAUCUCUAGAAACGAAUACGACAGAACCUACUCCUACGACCGCAAUGACUGCAGCACCUUCUACAACAACUACAACUUCAGCUCCGACGACAACCACAACAAAAGCACCUACUACAACACCUGCAGUUCUUACAACUGUAACUUCAGCGACCACUACACCUGAUAUACGUACAACAACAAUCACAACUGCAGCUCCUGCUACAACAACUCUAGAUUCUACAUUAUCCACAGUUGCUGUCUCUACAAUAACCACUGCAGCUCUAACUAAAACAACUGCUGCUCCAAUGACCACUACAGCUCCUGAACCUAUUAUGACAACCGAUGCAGAUCCUACUACACCAACUCCUAUUCUUAUGGCCACCACGACUGCAGCACCAUCUUCAACAACUACAACUUUAGCUCCUAUGACAACAACUUCAACAGCACCUACUACAAUAACUGCAGUUCCAACAACUGUAGCUCCUGCUACCACUACACCUGCUGUACUUACUACAACAGUCACAACUGCAGCUCCUGUUACAACAACUGUAGCUUCUACGUCAACCACAGCAUCUGCCUCUACGAUAACCACUGCAGCUCUAACUAAAACAACGGCUGCUCCAAUGACCACUUCAUCUCCAGAACAUUCUUUGACAGAACCUAUUCCUACGACUGCUAUGACUGCAGAACCUACCACAACAGGAACUGCAGCUCCUACAACAUAUGCUGUUCCUAAUAAAGCAACAUCUGCAGCACCUUCUACAACAACUACAUCUUCAGCUCCUACGACAACCACAACAACAGCACCUACUACAACACCUGCAGUUUCUACAACUGUAGCUCCCACGACCUUUACACCUGCUGUACUUACUACAACAACCACAACUACAUCUCCUGCUACAACAAUUGUAGCUUCUCUGUCAACCAUAGCAGCUGCCUCUACGACAACCACUUCAGCUCUAACUACAACAAGUGCUGCUACUACGAUUACUACAACUCCAGAUUCUACAACCACAGAACCCACUCAUAUGACUCCUAUAACUGCAUAUAUUUCCAGAACAACAACUGCAGCUGCUACUACAACAACUACAACUUCAGCGCAAACAACAACCACAACAACAGCACCUACUACAACACCUGCAGUUCCUACAACUGUAGCUCCUACGACCACGACACCUGCUUUACCUACUAUAACAAUUAUAACUACAGCUCCUGCUACAACUGUAGCUUCUCUGUCAACCACAGCAGCUGCCCCUUUGACAACCACUGCAGCUCCUUUGACAACCACUGCAGCUCUUACGAAAACAACUGUAACUCAUACGACAACAGCUGUUGGUCCUUUGACCACCACAACUGUAGAACCUAUUUUAACAUCUACAUCUGAAGCUACAACAACAACCACAAUUACAUCAGCUAGUACAGCACCUGCAGUUCCUACAGCAAAUGCCGCUUCUACGUCUGCAGCUCUUACGACAACUACUGUAGGUCCUACAACCAAUACAACUGGAGCUACUACAACAACUGGAACCACAGGUCCUACUACAAUAAAUAUAGCUCCUACAACAUCAACUGUAGCUCCUACGGCCUCUGUGAUUGCAGAACCUACUACGACAACUCUACCUCCUACGACAACACCUGCAGCUGCUACCACAAUAACUGUAUCUCUUCCAAACACUACAACAGCAGUAAUUAUUACAAAUCCCACAAUUAAAGCUCUUACUACAAUAAAUGUUGCUCCCAUGACAACCACAACAACAGCCCCUACAACAACCAGUGCUGUUCUAACUACAACAACUGUGGGUUCAACAACCACUACAUCUGCCGCAUCUCCUACAUCAACCACAACAGCAGCACCUACAACGACAACAGUAGCUUUUACAACAAAUGAAGCUCCUACGUCAAUAAAUGUAGCUCCUAUAUCCACUACACCUGCAGUACAUACUACUGUAGCUUCAAUGCCCACUACAACAGCAGCACCUACAAUGACAACUGAAUCUCUUAUGACCAAUACAAAUGCAGCACCAACUACGACAACUGCCAUUCUUACUACAACCACAACUACAGCUUUUACAAGAACUUCCACUAUCCCUACUACCACCAGCACAAUAGAAACUCCUACUACCGUAACUAUAAUGGCAGCUCCUAUAACCACCACAUCUUUAGCUUCUUCUACGACAACCAAAACAUCAACUGCAAUAAUGACAACUACAAAUACAUCUCCAACAAUCGCAACUCAACCUCUUAAAACCACCUCCAUCAAUGUUGCUUCUAUUACAACAAUUAAUACUGCAGGCCCUACAAGCACCACCACAACUGGUAGUUCUCAUUCUACAACAACGACUCCAACUGCAGCACCUACAAGUACAACCGCAAUUGUACUUCCUACCUCGACAACCAGAACUGCAACUUAUAACUCAACUUCUAUGGCUUCAGUGACAUCAACAACUAGAUUCGGCACAGUGGUGGUUUUUGUUAAACUGAUAUUCAAGCUCAAAACACCAGUCCCCACUGAGGAUGAUGUCCUUGGUGCCGUCAAGAAGCAAUUGACUCGUCAAUUCAGGACCACUCAAACCACCUACCAGAAUGCAACUUAUAUCAAACUUACAGAUACUUCAUUUUCCAUCAACCUUGGUUUCAAAAUAACCAAUGUAACCCUGGAGUCUCUAAGUCAUAGACUCACAUUCAACAACGAGACCUACAUCAAGAUACAGGAUUCAAUUAACAGUCUACUCCAUAAGGUUCUCAGUGAACCAGACGGCAAACAGUUUCAAUUUCCCAACGCCAACUUCAUUGCUGAUGGCACUGAGAUCACGGCAAACGUGACGUAUGUAUACAAAGAGGAAGAUGUCAACCACCCUAGUGGUUUUCUACAGGAAGUCUUAAAAGUCUCAGGUCUCCUGACCACCACUGUUGCCCCAACAACAACUACCAACACCACACCACUUCCUACGCUUUUGCUGACCACUCCUUUCAAUACCACAAGUGUUGGAGGUUUUCCUGGCUGGGCUUUGGCCAUUAUCAUUCCUUGUGGCAUCGCUAUCAUUCUGGUACCCCUGUGGAUCCUGCUAUGUUGUAUGCUAUGUGGCUGCUGUGCAGCUGUAAGGAGACGCUGGCACAGACGCAGAUCUUACAAUGUACAGUACACCACCAGAAACGGACUCUUCUGAGGUGACAACACUAACAUCAGUAGGCAACUGUCAUCACAAGAACAGCCAAUUAUCUACCUAUAUCUGCUAAUCAGGAGGUUUCAUUGGGUACUUGCAUCUAUUUUUUUUAACACAAAAAGAAAAUUCAUAAUGGGCUUAAUAAUCCACAGGUGUUUUGUGCAUUGUACAAUUUUUUAUGUUAUACAUCUGGUUGUUAAUCAAAGUUACAGCUGAGCUGAACAGCAUGUAUGUUUAUGUAUUUCUUAGCUAUGUAAUUUAUGUGGUUUCAAGCUGUGCUGUCCACUGACUAAAACGGUUUUCAGUUAUUUAUUGAAUGUAUAAUAAGGUAGAUUAAAAUAUUAAUUUUAGUUUUGUUAUUUCCUCUCUUGAUGAACUAUUAACUAACAUAUUUUCAACUGCAAUAAAGUACCUGUUUCUUCAACACACAGUUUGACAAAUGUAAUAAAGACUUUGCAAAUCAG